AGAGGGAAGAGGAGGGCACGGGAGGGCUCUGAGAAUGCCAAGCGCAGACACACCAAGGUGACCAAUGGCAGUCUGGGUCGGGCACAGAACGGACACCUCAAACACGGGGACAUUGAGGCCGUCACACUGUUCGAGGUGGUCACCAUGGGCAGGAGUGCCAUGCAGGUACGAGUAAACCCACUGGGCACAGACUGGUUGAAUCAACGUUGUUUCCAUGUAAUUUCAAUGAAAUUACGUUGAACUAAUGUGGAAUAGACGUUGAAUUUACGUCUGUGCCCAGUGGGAAGCAUCUAUUUUUAGUCAUAAUAAUCCCUCCAACAAUGCUGUAUGAUCUUUUGGACUUGAUCUUGUAUCUGACACCUUUGUUUCUACAUGUAAAGUGGGAGAGUUUGUCUAUCUGUCUCUGUCUGUCUUCCCUGCAGGCUGUAGUUGAUGAUUGGAUUGAGGCGUACAUCACAGACAGAGACUCUGCCCUCCUGGACCUCAUCAGCUUCUUCAUCCAGUGCUCUGGUUGCAAAGGCAAGCAGGCACCUGCGUGCGCACACACAAAAAACACCCAACCCUCCCCCACACCCACCAAAUGCAUACAUGAUUAGAAGAAGUUAACUAUAAGGGAAUAAGUCAUGUAAUGUAGUAUGAGGUAUUUGAAUACAGGUUGUUACAUACUGUAGUACUUGUCACCUUCUCCAGGUUUGGUGACAGCUGAGAUGUUCCAAAGCAGACAGGAUGAUGUCAUGAGCAAGAUGGUGGAGGAAUUGGAUGAGGUGUGAGUCUGUCAGUCAUUGUGGCCUCCUCUCUGUCUACCAUCUAUAUUUGAAGAGUUUCGUUGCAAAACGCAAUACUCACCAAUUUUUCAACAACAAAAAACAUCUGAAAUGUUUAUGGGUACCUGUGUGUAAAAUAUUACUGUUCUCAGAAUAUUUAUAACGCUAUAUAAUAAUUGUUAAUCUGUUUAUAUAUCCAUCGUUUAGCUGGAAUGGAAUGUCCGAAUCCUACAUAAAGAUCUCAUUACUGUAUAGAUUUAUAUAUAUAUAUAUAUAUAUAUAUAACAUUGUAUAAGGGACUGAUUUGAAAUUUACAGAAUGGUUGCCUGGAGGAAAAUGGGGGAGAGUCAUGCUUUUUCAAUUGUAGUCAAGGGAAGGGUUUAGUAUAAAAAAGAAAAAAGAAUUAGUCCAGGGGAGGGUCAUGUUUCUCAGUGAUUUAGAAUUAGUUGCUUAUUAGGCUACAUAUCAGUGUGUGCCUGAUGCCGCUCCUCAUCUCUGAUUCUCUACUGGGCGCACAAUAUUAAUUGCGCCUAUAGAUUAUUUAGUAUGGUCUGAAUAAAUUUUUCCAUAGUCUAUAGGCUACAAAGUGCAUGCUCGGAGAAGCACAGAGCAAAGUUGUAUUUCUAAGAGAGCUGCUGGGAGGGUGUAAAUAAAACUAGGCUGCAUUACACACUAUAUUCCAACCCUGAGCCCCGGCCUGCUCUGCUCUGCUCUUGCUGGUCAAAAACCUUUUUGUGUGCUGCUUAACCAUUGGCUGUGCUGUGUAGGGCUACGGUGGCAGUUCAGGAGGAGUCAAAGGUUUCUUCCUAAUUUUUUGGAACUUGAAGCAGCAGCCGCUGCACAAUCAAUCAGAAAGGGACAGCUCAUGGUGCUAAAGUAGAAAAAUUAGAGUAGGAAUAAUUCAUUUAAACCGUCUUUUAUUUUAAUUUGACUUUACUAUCAACAAGAGGACUUUGUGUUGGAGCCUAUUUAUUCCUAUUUAAGAAAUAAGAGCUAGGCCUACCUGUUUGACAGUUGAAAUUAGGCUAUAGGCUGCUAUAUCCAUAGAUGUAUUAGUCAAUUCCUCCACCCACCAUGCACUCUUUAAAUAGCCUAUAUGUCAGUGAAGGGCUGUUAAGUUAAAACCAAGAUUCUAAUUGAGGGGGUACGAGAGGGUAUGCCAUAGGCCUACUUUUAAUUAAAGAAAAUGGCAAAAAGAACAAGCCUACCCCUUGUUAGCUUUUGAAGAAAAUAAAACUGAUCCGAUUAUAUAAAGGGAUCUAUAACAGUGCUUUGGUCCGUGAUGCUUUAUGCUAGAAACAAGCUGUAAAAUACACGUUAAAGACGUGACUCCGAUGCAUAUGGGGAUAUCAUUGUUUCAUUUCUUUGACACUCCGAGGCUGACUUUGAUUGGGAAGUAAUCUAAUUCUGUCAUUAUCAAUUGAUGAAGCUAUUCACUUUAUGUACAAUAGAAUAUGUUUAAACCCAGACAGCUUUUAGGGAAACACUUGUGACCUUCUCUCGUUGGGUUAAGCCACGGAAGAAGAGUAGCUAGCAGUUAAAGCAUACAUUUUUUUCUGCGUCGGUAGGCCUACUCUGUCUGGGGUGGAAAGGUAGGCCUAACUUUUGAAAGUACCAUGCUCAGAUUUAAUUAUUUGCAAACAGGGACUGUUUCGUUGCAAACAAGACACACUGAUUUGGCAUAAGAUGAACACAUAAGCCCUAUCUCUCUGUCUAUUCUAAGCCGUUAAUUUUGGUGACAUAGAAUUGCAUGAAAUGUUUAUAAAAUGCAAUUAUUUUCUCAGACCUGCAAUUACAAUGAUAGAUUCAUGCAAUGAUUUUACUUUAAAGGAGAUCUUUCCACCCCUACUCUUGCCCAUGGUGGUCUGCGAACCCACAACCUUCUGACAUGCAGCCCUGUGCGCUAUCAAAAAAUAACAGUUUCUAAAACUGCGUAUCUAAGGCUCUGGUCUGUCCAAGAUGUGAGGGUAUUGUUCUCGGUAGACAUGUUCUCUGCUAUCCACUUUGUUUAAAUUAUUAUUUUGUGUAUAGGGGAGAGUCACUUGUUUUUUUUUCAAGCUUUCAGGGAGGGUUUAGGUAAAAUAUAUUUUGCUGAAGGGAGGGCCAUCCAUUUCUAUUUCAGAGAGGUCUGAUUUUCUCCAUGUAACCCUUAUUAUAAAUAAUGUUCACUCCCUAAUUUGUACAGUUCUUGUUAUGAAAAAAUUUAUUUGUCACAUUUGACUGUGUAAACCGUAGCAGUGCUUCAAGAUUAAGGCGGAUCUACACCGUUUUGCAACAACAUUAUUAUUUAUUUCUCUUAAAUUAACUCUGUUGUUAAAUAAUUUUGUGUCUGUGUGUCAGGAUUCGGGGCUGCAGUAUAAGAAAUUCCUGGCCUUUCCCUGGAUCCUCACAGUCACGUGGCCCAUGGACAUGGUCAGUUUCUGAUACAUAUUAACAUUUUAGAAAUUAAAGCGUAUCUAGUUCCCCCUUUGCAUGUUAAGUCCUGCAGUUCAAGUUUUCGUAGAGCUACCAAUAUUCACUCACUUUGUCUCUGUCUCUCUCUGUGUGUCUGUCUGUGUAGGACAGUGGGGAAUAUCCUCUCACCAUGUCUGGUCCAUACUGGCGGCGGUUCCGUGGUGAGUUCUGUGAGUUUGUGUCGGUGUUGGUAACCCAGUGUCAAUACAAUGUGAUCUUUGACAGCUACCUCAUGGACACACUCAUCUCUCUGCUCACCGAGCUGUCCGACUCCCGCGUACGAGCCUUCAGACACACCUGCACAUUGGCAGGUAACAAAAACACACACACACACACUGGCAGGUCACACACGUACGCGCACACACACACCCCUGCACUCUGGCAGAUGUCACACACGCAUGGCAAAACACCUCUAAAGAUGCCCAAGGCACUUGUGUGUGUGUGUGUAAAAUAUCAAAUGGCUUUAUUGUUCACGUCUGAAGUGUAAAACUACUAAUGACUCAAUAAUUCAUGCCUUCUGGGAAAGUUAUGGUCGGAGUUGGAAAGAUGGGUGUCAGAAGUAUUACAAUGUAAAUGUACUUUUAAUUCGUCUGUCUGCAUAUUUCAAGAUAGUCAUAUGAGGGUGCAGUGAGAUACCCGAUGGGUUGGACAAUACUUUUCUCAUCAGUCAUUUAAAAAUAAAACAUAUACUUAAACUGGAAAUGUACAAUAGAGCGAGGAGUUGCAGCUGUAGCAACCUCCACCAGGAUAUUGAAUGUGUAUGACCUCCUCCUGUUGUGACCCCCAUAGCGAUGAAGUUGCUAAGCUCUCUGAUUGGAGUAGCCCUUAGUCUGAGUGUGAGUGUUGAGAACAGCCAGAGACUGGGCGAGGUGGAGAGAACCAAGACAUCAGGAAGACGCAACUCACCAAGACUGGAGAGAAUACACAGAAAGACCACAGAGGUGAGGCUGUGUGUGUGUGUGCGUGUGUCAGUGCAGGUGUGUGUGUGUUAUGUCAACACCACAUUUUACAAGUAACUUCUUCAGCUGCAGGAUAGAAGGGUGGAGAUAGAAAACAUGAUGGAUGCCAUAUUCAAAGGAGUCUUCCUGAAGAGAUACCGGUAAGCACCCUAUUUACUCUACUCACCGUAUUUGUGUUUUUCAGUGUUUGAGUCAGACCUGGAUUUAAAUAAUAUUUAUUGUAUUACUUUCAAAUACAUUUUCGAAAUAAGUAUUUAGACAAUUGAAGUUGACUAUUGAAAUGUUUUUGGAAAUACAUUUGGAAAGUAUUGGCAUGUAGUACAUCUACUUGUAAUAAAAGUAAUUGUUUACAUUUUGUCCUCCGUAGGGAUGUGCUCCCAGAGAUCCGGUCCAUGUGUAUGGAGGAGCUGGCUGUAUGGAUGAAACUUUACAGUCCAGUGUUUCUGACCGACAGCUACCUCAAAUACAUGGGCUGGAUGAUGCAUGACAAGGUAAACAACAACAACCACCACAACAACAACAAAAACAUGUAGCCUGCACAAAGACACAUUUAGUUAGGAGUCUUGGUUAAUUAACUUUAGCUUAACCAUCUUUACUUGCAGAAACAAAAAUGCUUGUUGAAGUUUUAAGUCAGUGUAUCCUGUUGUGUAAUUUUGUUUCAUUAGAACACAUUAUUUUGUUGUCACAGUUGCAGAAUCUAACCAUAUGUUGCAGAUGUUAGCUGACGUCACCCUCCCUGAGCUCUAAAGUUCGCUGUCGCUCAAGGAGUGACAGGAUAGCUUCUUGGUUUGUCAGUUAGCACAUUUGACUUCGAGUGACGAUGUGUUGUGCAGAGGAUGCCGGGAUCAUGUCCUGGCUGAGGAGGACAAGGACAGAAUUCACUCUGUUACACAUAAACACCAUUUUUCACUGUACACACACACACUCUCCUUCCCCCCCUUAGCUGCCUGACGUGCGUCUGAAGUGUGUGUUGGGGCUACAGGGUCUGUACGGAGACCCGCUCCUCCUGCCCAAACUAGACCUCUUCAACAGCCGCUUCAAGGUACAGUGACCCAGUAUGUGAGUGUAUGUGCGUGCUUGCCAGUGUGUGUAUAAUAAUAAUAAUAAUAUGCCAUUUAGCAGACGCUUUUAUCCAAAGCGACUUACAGUCAUGCGUGCAUACAUUUUUAGGUAUGGGUGGUUCCGGGGAUCUAACCCACUACCCUGGUGUUACAAGCACCAUGCUCGAUCCCCGGAGGGCACCUUGGAUUUGAUACCAGCAACCCUCCGAUUGCAAGCUCACUUGCCGACAGUUCUAUAUCAUGGAGCUCCGCCCCAUAGGGGAGCUCUGCUCCUAUUGGUGUACCCCGCUGCCUAGGCAGUGAACAGCCUGAGACAAAAUUAUGCACACACCUGCAGCCAAUAGGAGUACAGGUGUCCCUAUAAGAGGGGACGCUUCCCCUCAAUCAGCCUCCCAUUAUCUUCAGCGACUGGACUAGACUGAAGAAGCCACGAAGACUCAGGACGAAGAUAACGCCGUCGAUUUCUAGCUCUCGACAUCUUCCUAAAUGAGCACACUGGGAAGUUUUCCACCCCCAAAAGCUAUUUUCAGAGCUCAAUGCCGCUGUUCCUCCAUGGCGGCUGUGGACUCCCACAACCGUUGUUUCGUGUGUUUGGGUUCACAGCGCGCCAAGGACGGAAUCAUCGAUCCCCCUAUUUGCGCCAACUGCGCCCUCCUUCCUUUGAAGGAGAGGAAGCAGCACUGGGCGUUUUUUAGGAGGAUAUCCCCUUAGCGGAUGUGCUAUCGGUGUUAGCCUCAGCUUCUGAAGCAUCAUCUGAGGGCGCAGACUCUGAGGAAGACAGGGAUUAUGGGGAUGAGAUGGAUAUUCCUGUGGAACAAUCCGUCCCUCUGACCCAGACUUUCAAGAUCCCCUUUCCUUUGGAGAGUGAGAGGUCUUGUAACUCCCUGGGCGAUGACGACACAUGCUCUGAGAGAUCAGUAGCCCUGUCCUUCACGGCAGGCUCUCUGCACUCAGAUUUUCCAGGGCUCAUUGAGAGGGCUGCUAGACAUCUAGAGAUAGCGCUUCCCCCCACUCCCCCCGAUGCGGAAGUGAAUAUGAUGGAGGGCGGACCUUAUUCUCGGCCGAGAAGGGCGGCAGAGCCACUGGCACCAGCCAUGCCCUCUCUCAGUAAGUACGUUGAGGGCUCAUGGGAGGCACCUCUAGCGGCGCAUUCGCCGGCUAAAGCGUACCUCCCAUUCACUAGAGUGGAAGGGAGACAGAUGGUUGCUAAGGAAAUCCCCAGGCUCGAGAGCGCCAUGGCGGCAUAUCUCGUGCCGGGUUCGAGUCCCUGGCCCUCCUCCAAAAAGGCCACUUUGCCGACGCAGAAGGACAGACUCACAGCGCAGCUGGCAGAGAAGUCCUUCACGUUGGUAUCCCCGGCUGUAGCAGCAGCAAACAAUGUUGCCCUCCUCGCGGCCUCUCUGUCCGGUCUAACAACGUUGUUUGUGUGGGUAGAUGCAUGCAUGUGUGUUAAAUGGGCAAUCCGCUGUUGCUACAUACAUUUUUUGGACUUACAGUACCAGACAAAGGUUUGGACACACCUACUCAUUCAAGGGUUUUUCUUUAUUUGUACUAUUUUCUACAUUGUAGAAUAAUAGUGAAGACAUCAAAACUAUGAAAGAACACAUAUGGAGUCAUGUAUUAACCAAAGUGUUAAACAAAUCAAAAUAUAUUUUAUAUUUGAGAUUCUUCAAAGUAGCCACCCUUUGCCUUGAUGACAGCUUUGCACACUCUUGGCAUUCUCUCAAGCAGCUUCAUGAGAUAGUCACCUGAAAUGCAUUUCAAUUAACAGGUGUGCCUUGUGAAAAGUUAAUUUGUGGAAAUUCUUAAUGUGUUUGAGCCAAUCAGUUGUGUUGUGACAAGGUAGGGUUGGUAUACAGAAGAUAGCCCUAUUUGGUAACAGACCCAAGUCCAUAUUAUGGCAAGAACGGCUCAAAUACAAUGGCGUCUGUACGGAGAUACAAUGGCUGCUGUUUUAUGGACUCUUAACCAACCGUGCUAUUUUGUAUGUUUUUUCGCAUUGUUUGUAACUUAUUUUGUACAUAAUGUUUCUGCUACCGUCUCUUAUGACCGAAAAGAGCUUCUGGACAUCAGAACAGCGAUUACUCACCUUGAACUGGACAAAUAAUUUUUAUUUUAUGUUUCGGACGAGAGGGAUUUGCUCCAGACACCCGACAGGGCCCUCAUCCCCGUCAUUCGCAGUAGAAAGAAAAGGAGAUAUCGCGGAAGGAGAUCGGGCUAAUCUGCCUUUGCCGUCGAUACUAUUGGCCAAUUUACAAUCGCUUGAUAAUAAAGUGGACGAACAACAGGCACGUAUGUCCUACCAACGGGACAUUAAAAACGAUAUAUUUAUAUUUCACAACGAAGACAGGAAUAACAUACAGCUGGCAGGUUAUACACUGUAUCGGCAGGAUAGAACAGCAGCCUCUGGUAAGACAAGGGGUGGCGGUCUAUGUAUAUUUGUAAACAACAGCUGGUGCACAAUGUCUAAGGAAGUCUCAAGGUUUUGCUCGCCUGAGGUAGAGUAUCUCAUGAUAAGCUGUAGACCACACUAUCUACCAAGAGAGUUUUCAUCUAUAUUCUUUGUAGCUGUCUAUUUACCACCACAAACCGAUGCUGGCACUAAGACCGCACUCAAUUAACUGUAUACAGCCAUAAGCAAACAGGAAAACGCUCAUCCAGAGGCGGUGCUCCUAGUGGCCGGGGACUUUAAUGCAGGGAAACUUAAAUCCGUUUUACCUCAUUUCUACCAGCAUGUUAAAUGUGCAACCAGAGGGAAAAAUACUCUAGACCACCUUUACUCCACACACAAAGACGCGUACAAAGCUCUCCCUCGCCCUCCAUUUGGGAAAUCUGACCAUAAUUCUAUCCUCCUGAUUCCUGUUUACAAGCAAAAACUAAAGCAGGAAGCACCAGUGACUUGGUCAAUAAAAAAGUGGUCAGAUGAAGCAGAUGCUAAGCUACAGGACUGUUUUGCUAGCACAGACUGGAUUAUGUUCCGGGAUUCUUCCGAUGGCAUUGAGGAGUACACCACAUCAGUCACUGGCUUCAUCAAUAAGUGCAUCGAUGACGUCGUCCCCACAGUGACUGUACGUAUAUACCCCAAGCAGAAGCCUUUGAUUAUAGGCAACAUCCGCACUGAGCUAACGGGUAGAGCUGCCGCUUUCAAGGAGCGGGACUCUAACCCGGAAGCUGAUAAGAAAUCCUGCUAUGCCCUCUGAACCAUCAAACAGGCAAAGCGUCAAUACAGGACUAAGAUCGAAUCGUACUACACAGGCUCCGACGCUCGUCGGAUGUGGCAGGGCUUGCAAACUAUUACAGACUACAAAGGGAAGCACAGCCGCGAGCUGCCCAGUGACACGAGCCUACCAGACGAGCUAAAUUACUUCUAUGCACGCUUCGAGGCAAGUAACACUGAAACAUGCAUGAGAGCAUCAGCUGUUCCGGACGACUGUGUGAUCACACUCUCCGUAGCCGAUGUGAGUAAGACCUUUAAACAGGUCAACAUCCACAAGACGGAUUACCAAGACGUGUACUCCGAGCAUGCGCUGACCAACUGGCAAGUGUCUUCACUGACAUUUUCAACCUCUCCCUGUCUGAGUCUGUAAUACCAACAUGUUUCAAGCAGACCACCAUAGUCCCUGUGCCCAAUAACACUAAGGUAACAUGCCUAAAUGACUACCGACCCGUAGCACUCAUUUCUGUAGCCAUGAAGUGCUUUGAAAGGCAGGUUAUGGCUCACAUCAACACCAUAAUCCCAGAAACCAUAGACCCACUCCAAUUUGCAUACCACCCCAACAGAUCCACAGAUGAUGCAAUCUCCAUUGCGCUCCACACUGCCCUUUCACACCUGGACAAAAGGAACACCUAUGUGAGAAUGCAAUUCAUUGACUACAGCUCAGCGUUCAACACGACAGUGCCUUCAAAGUUCAUCACUAAGCUAAGGACCCUGGACUAAACACCCCCCUCUGCAACUGGAUCCUGGACUUCCUGACGGGCCGCCCCCAGGUGGUAAGCGUAGGUAACAACAUAUCCACCACGCUGAUCCUCAACAUGGGGGCCCCUCAGGGGUGCAUGCUCAGUCCCCUCCUGUACUCCCUGUUCACUCAUGACUGCAUGGCCAGGCACGACUCCAACACCAUCAUUAAGUUUGCCGAUGACACAACAGUGGUGGCCUGAUCACCGACAACGACAAAACAGCCUAUAGGGAGGAGAUCAGAGACCUGGCCGUGUGGUGACAGGACAACAACCUCUCUCUCUCAACGUGAUCAAGACAAAGGAGAUGAUUGUGGACUACAGGAAAAAGAAGAGGACCGAGCACGCCCCCAUUCUCACAGACAGGGCUGUAGUGGAGCAGGUUGAGACCUUCAAGUUCCUUGGUGUCCACAUCACCAACAAACUAACAUGGUCCAAGCACACCAAAACAGACGUGAAGAGGGCACGACAAAACCUAAUCCCCAUAAGGAGACUGAAAAGAUUUGGCAUGGGUCCUCAGAUCCUCAAAAGGUUUUACAGCUGCACCACCGAGAGCAUCCUGACUGGUUGUAUCACUGCCUGUUAUGGCAACUGCUCGGCCUCCGACCGCAAGGCACUACAGAGGGUAGUGCGUACGGCCCAGUACAUCACUCGGGCCAAGCUUCCUGCCAUCCAGGACCUCUAUACCAGGCGGUGUCAGAGGAAGGCCCUAACAAUUGUCAAAGACUCCAGCCACCCAAAACAUAGACUGCUACCACACGUCAAGCGGUACCGGAGUGCCAAGUGUAGGUCCAAGAGGCUUCUAAACAGCUUCUACCCCCAAGCCAUAAGACUCCUGAACAUCUAAUGAAAUGGCUACUCAGAAUAUUUGCGUUGCCCCCCCCCCCCCCCCCCCCCCCCUCUUUUACGCUGCUGCUACUCUCUGUUUAUUAUCUAUGCAUAGUCACUUUAAUAACUCUACCUACAUGUACAUAUUACCUCAAUUGCCUCGACUAAUCGGUGCCCCCGCACAUUGACUCGGUACCCCCUGCAUAUAGCCUCGCUAUUGUUAUUCUUACUGCUUCUCUUUAAUUAUUUGUUACUUUUAUUUCGUAUUAUUUUAUAUAUAUAUAUACAACAAGUGUUUGAUACACUGCCGAUUUUGCAGGUUUUCCUACUUACAAAGCAUGUAGAGGUCUGUAAUUUUUUAUCAUAGGUACACUUCAACUGUGAGAGACGGAAUCUAAAACAAAAAUCCAGAAAAUCACAUUGUAUGAUUUUUAAGUAAUUCAUUUGCAUUUUAUUGCAUGACAUAAGUAUUUGAUCACCUACCAACCAGUAAGAAUUCCGGCUCUCAAAGACCUGUUAGUUUUUCUUUAAGAAGCCCUCCUGUUCUCCACUCAUUACCUGUAUUAACUGCACUGUUUGAACUCGUUACCUGUAUAAAAGACACCUGUCCACACACUCAAUCAAACAGACUCCAACCUCUCCACAAUGGCCAAGACCAGAGAGCUGUGUAAGGACAUCAGGGAUAAAAUUGUAGACCUGCACAAGGCUGGGAUGGGCUACAGGACAAUAGGCAAGCAGCUUGGUGAGCAGGCAACAACUGUUGGCGCAAUUAUUAGAAAAUGGAAGAAGUUCAUGAUGACGGUGAAUCACCCUCGGUCUGGGGCUCCAGACCUGAACCCAAUAGAAAAUCUUUGGAGGUAGCUGAAAGUCCGUAUUGCCUAGCGACAGCCCCGAAACCUGAAGGAUCUGGAGAAGGUCUGUAUGGAGGAGUGGGCCAAAAUCCCUGCUGCAGUGUGUGCAAACCUGGUCAAGACCCACAGGAAACGUAUGAUCUCUGUAAUUGCAAACAAAGGUUUCUGUACCAAAUAUUAAGUUCUGCUUUUCUGAUGUAUCAAAUAAUUAUGUCAUGCAAUAAAAUGCAAAUUAAUUACUUAAAAAUCAUACAAUGUGAUUUUCUGGAUUUUUGUUUUAGAUUCCGUCUCUCACAGUUGAAGUGUACCUAUGAUAAAAAUUACAGACCUCUACAUGCUUUGUAAGUAGGAAAACCUGCAAAAUUGGCAGUGUAUCAAAUACUUGUUCUCCCCACUGUAUAUAUAUAUAUAUAUUUUUUACUGCAUUGUUGAUUAAGGGCUUGUAAGUAAGCAUUUCACUGUAAGUAUUCGGCGCAUGUGAGAAAUAAAAUUGGAUUUGAUUUGAAAUAAGGAAUGAAAAAUGACAGUCCAUCAUUACUUUAAGACAUGAAGGUCAGUCAGGAACAUUUCAAGAACUUUGAAUGUUUCUUCAAGUGCAGUCGCAAAAACCAUCAAGCGCUAUAAUGAAACUGGCUCUCAUGAGGACCGCCACAGGAAAGGAAGACCCAGAGUUACCUCUGCUGCAGAGGAUAAGUUCAUUAGAGUUACAAGCCUCAUGAAUUGUAGCCCAAAUAAAUGCUUCACAGAGUUCAAGUAACAGACACAUCUCAACAUCAACUGUUCAGAGGAGACUGCGUGAAUCAGGCCUUCAUGGUCGAAUUGCUGAAAAGAAAUCACUACUAAAGGACACCAAUAAGAAGAGGAGACUUGCUUGGGCCAAGAAACACGAGCAAUGGACAUUAGACCUGUGGAAAUCUGUCUUUUGGUCUGAUGAGUCCAAAUUUGAGAUUGUUGGUUCUAACCGCCAUGUCUUUGUGAGACGCAGAGUAGGUGAACGGAUGAUCUCCGCAUGUGUAGUUCCCACCGUGAAGCAUGGAGGAGGAGGUGUGAUGGUGUGGUUGUGCUUUGCUGGUGAAACUGACAGUGAUUUAUUUAGAAUUCAAGGCACACUUAACCAGCUUGCCUACCACAGCAUUCUGCAGCGAUAUGCCAUCCCAUCUGGUUUGCGCUUAGUCCCACUAUCAUUUUGUUUUUCAACUGGACAAUGUACCAAAACACAUCUCCAGGCUGUGUAAGGGCUAUUUGACCAAGAAGGAGAGUGAUGGAGUGCUGCAUCAGAUGACCUGGCCUCCACAAUCACCCGACCUCAACCCAAUUGAGAUGGUUUGGGAUGAGUUGGACCGCGGAGUGAAGGAAAAGCAGCCAACAAGUGCUCAGCAUAUGUGGGAACUCCUUCAAGAUGUUGGAAAAUCAUUCCAGGUGAAGCUGGUUGAGAGAAUGCCAAGAGUGUGCAAAGCUGUCAUCAAGGCAAAGGUUGGUUACUUUGAAGAAUCUCAAAUAUAAAAUAUAUUUUGAUUUGUUUAACACUUUUUUUGGUUACUACAUGAUUCCAUAUGUGUUAUUUCAUAGUUUGAUGUCUUCACUAUUAUUCUACAAUGUAGAAAAUAGUAAACAUAAGAAAAACCCUUGAAUGAGUAGGUGUCCAAACUUUUGACUUGUACUGUAUAUACUGUAUAUAUUAAUGCUAUAUUGAUUCAGCUUAGUUCAACUGUUGUACCCCAUCUGAAACCCAAAAGUUAAACUAGUUUUACUCUAAUGUUUGUAAAUGUAAAAAUAAAAAAACUGUAUAGCCUCAAGAUCUGCAAAACUAUGAUUUUGAUAUCUUGGAUGUUCAGUCCUUGCGUCAAUAGCUCUAUGAAUUUAAGAGUGGUUACAUUUCUCCAAGACCAUCCCUCAGCUUUAUACUAAAACAGAGGCUUUGUUAUCGUUUCAACUUCGGAUUGCCCCUUUUAACUCUGAUAUCUGCUCUCUACAGGACAGGAUGAUCUCUAUGACUCUGGAUAAGGACCACGAGGUGGCAGUACAGACCCUGAGACUACUCACACUCAUCUCCCAGUAAGUCCCUGUCUCUCUUUUACACACACACACACACACACACACACACACACACACACACACACACACACACACACUCUAUCCAGAGACAUAUACAGUAUUUAUUGGGUUUGGUCAUUGCUGUUUCUGUCUGAACAUUCAGAGAGCGCCCAGAAUCUCCUCUGGUGUUAGGUGAUAAUUGACGCUUUUGGGUUGCGCUGUUUAUUUCUAAACACUUUCAAAACCUCAGAAAAUGUCUAGUGAAAGUGAAUAUGAAAUUUGUUGACACCCCAACACAGAGACUUGGAUACACAUUACCACGAAUGCCACUGAAAAAAUGACUGUUCAAUUCGCUGCUUGUUUGCACUGGGUCAUUUCAUAGGGAAUUGUCGGAGGCGCUCUCACGUUGUUACAUCACCAACAGUUUGAGGAUAAAAGGGCUAAUAUGACGUCUGUUCUAAAAUGCUUUAUCAACCUCCCCCUUUCUUCUCUUUUCCUGACCCUAUCUCUCUUUGGCCAUCCCCUUUUCUUUCUCUAUCCACCAUCCCCUCCCUCCCCUACCUCUCAGGUCAGCUGAUGAUGUUAUUAAUCCUGAGGACUAUAAGCAGCUGUUCCAGUUGGUGUACUCCUCACAUCGCCCCCUGGCUGCCACCGCAGGAGAGCUGCUCUACACAAGGUCAGUGCAGUGGGCUGGCCAUAGACCAUAUACAUUAGCUGGGGUGUCUAUAAUAGUGAGAGUGAGUGAAUGAGGGCCAGAGUCACUGGUGACAUUCUCAUCUCUGCUGUCAGGCUGCUCAGCUCCCAAACUCAGACACCUGACCUCAGAGAGGGGGUGAGUGAGCAGGACACACACACACAGCUGACGAUAGCCAGAGUGAGGGCUCUGCUGCACUUCUACCAGGACAGUGAGGUAAGAGAAAGUGCCCGUGUGUUGGUAUAUACUCCGUUUUUACAUCAGCACAGGUGGACAGUGAAUGUGUGUAUUCUCUUUCUAGCUCCAUCAGCAUGUAGUAUACCUGGUGGACAGUCUGUGGGACUGUGCUGGUGCCAUGCUGAAAGACUGGUCGUCUCUUACCUCUUUACUGCUACAGGACCCCUCCGCUCAGGAUGAAGGUCAGUGUGUACGUGUGUGUGUGUGUGUCAGGGUUUCCAUUAGCCGGUAAUUGCCGGCUUUUGGCCCAAAAAAAUUAUAAUGAAAAGCCGAUAAAUGAAAUUGUAGUUGGUCAUUUGUCCUGGAGAAAAUGAAUCCCAGAUUAGGCUGCCUACCAUUUACCACCAUUCUCUCACUCCUUGUGCACUGCCUGACAUGCCUGUGCCUGCUGCUGAGCCUUGGCCUAGGCUACUGUUGAUUGUGAAGAUGGAGGUAUUUUUUUUUUGAAGUAAAACAAAAGUUAGAGGAAAAAGAGUAUGCCCAAUGACAGUACAGUAUGGUUUAGAAAUUCUGUGGUAUGACUAUAGUGAAAAGCCUACAAGGGGAAUGUCUUCCGUGUGGACAAUUUUAAUAUUGUAGUGGACAAAGAUGAGAAGAAUGUUGGCGCGGCCAAAUGCAACUACUGUGUGCAACUCGCUAUUUAGGUAGGAUGUAAUUUCGGAACUUUUAUUUAUUUUGUAUUUAUAUAUAUUUGUUUUAUUAUUAUUAUUGUAUAUCAUUGUUAUUAUUGUAUGCAUUAUUCAUCUAAUGUGUUUUUCAUUCUAUUGAGACAUUUUCGUUGCUGUUUUUUUAAAAUUGCGUGCUCCGUAUAUAGUUUAAGAUAGGUUAUAAGUAGGCCUGUUGUAUUAUUAUUAGCCUAUUGUUGUCAUUUGUUGGGUACGGUAGGCACUAGCCUUUGUUGGUAAUUGCUGCAAUAUAGCCUGUUCAAAACUUUUAAGCUUUAAACCAGUUCGUAAGUGUUUUGUUUCAUUUUGUUGAGUCAUUUUCUUUGGCCAAAUUAAGUUUAAACUGUAAUGUUGUUUGCCGCAAUAUAAUAGCCUGCUCGUAUUUUCCAUAUAAACAAUAGCUUGGCUUGACUUUUGAAAUUACCGUAAUACAGUUUUGAAACUUUUAUGAAGGUUUGAUGUGGCUAUUCGCCUAUUAUACUGCAGGACUAUAUGAAGGCAGUGCGCAUCGGCGCUCCAACUGACUCUGACAGUUGAACUUGAGGUGAGGAAGAAUGUUUUAGGCCUACCAGAGUUACUCCUAUAAUCUAACAAUAUAAUGCUUAUCUUUAUAAAAAAUAUUUGGAUCGUAUUCUGUACGCCGGCCUAUAUCUACAGUGGGGAGAACAAGUGUUUGAUACACUGCCGAUUUUGCAGGUUUUCCUACUUACAAAGCAUGUAGAGGUCUGUAAUUUUUAUCAUAGGUACACUUCAACUGUGAGAGACGGAAUCUAAAACAAAAAUCCAGAAAAUCACAUUGUAUGAUUUUUAAGUAAUUAAUUUGCAUUUUAUUGCAUGACAUAAGUAUUUGAUCACCUACCAACCAGUAAGAAUUCCGGCUCUCACAGACCUGUUAGUUUUUCUUUAAGAAGCCCUCCUGUUCUCCACUCAUUACCUGUAUUAACUGCACCUGUUUGAACUCGUUACCUGUAUAAAAGACACCUGUCCACACACUCAAUCAAACAGACUCCAACCUCUCCACAAUGGCCAAGACCAUAGAGCUGUGUAAGGACAUCAGGGAUACAAUUGUAGACCUGCACAAGGCUGGGAUGGGCUACAGGACAAUAGGCAAGCAGCUUGGUGAGAAGGCAACAACUGUUGGCGCAAUUAUUAGAAAAUGUUCAAGAUGACGGUCAAUCACCCUCGGUCUGGGGCUCCAUGCAAGAUCUCACCUCGUGGGGCAUCAAUGAUCAUGAGGAAGGUGAGGGAUCAGCCCAAAACUACACGGCAGGACCUGGUCAAUGACCUGAAGAGAGCUGGGACCACAGUCUCAAAGAAAACCAUUAGUAACACACUACGCCGUCAUGGAUUAAAAUCCUGCAGCGCACGCAAGGUCCCCCUGCUCAAGCCAGCGCAUGUCCAGGCCCGUCUGAAGUUUGCCAAUGACCAUCUGGAUGAUCCAGAGGAGGAAUGGGAGAAGGUCAUGUGGUCUGAUGAGACAAAAAUAGAGCUUUUUGGUCUAAACUCCACUCGCCGUGUUUGGAGGAAGAAGAAGGAUGAGUACAAUCCCAAGAACACCAUCCCAACCGUGAAGCAUGGAGGUGGAAACAUCAUUCUUUGGGGAUGCUUUUCUGCAAAGGGGACAGGACGACUGCACCGUAUUGAGGGGAGGAUGGAUGGGGCCAUGUAUCGCGAGAUCUUGGCCAACAACCUCCUUCCCUCAGUAAGAGCAUUGAAGAUGGGUCGUGGCUGGGUCUUCCAGCAUGACAACGACCUGAAAAACACAUCCAGGGCAACUAAGGAGUGGCUCCGUAAGAAGCAGCUCAAGGUCCUGGAAUGGCCUAGCCAGUCUCCAGACCUGAACCCAAUAGAACAUCUUUGGAGGGAGCAGAAAGUCUGUAUUGCCCAGCAACAGUCCCGAAACCUGAAGGAUCUGGAGAAGGUCUGUAUGGAGGAGUAGGCCAAAAUCCCUGCUGCAGUGUGUGCAAACCUGGUCAAGACCUACAGGAAACAUAUGAUCUCUGUAAUUGCAAACAAAGGUUUCUGUACCAAAUAUUAAGUUCUGCUUUUCUGAUGUAUCAAAUACUUAUGUAAUGCAAUAAAAUGCAAAUUAAUUACUUAAAAAUCAUACAAUGUGAUUUUUGUUUUAGAUUCCGUCUCUCACAGUUGAAGUGUACCUAUGAUAAAAAUUACAGACCUCUACAUGCUUUGUAAGUAGGAAAACCUGCAGUGUAUCAAACACUUGUUCUCCCCACUGUAUAUAGUAGACGCAGUAGCCCAUCUGACAAGGGUAAAUAAAUGUGUGUCGUGGUCGUAGCAUGCCGCCAGCAAAUCUUUCUGGGGCUAGGCCUAAGCUUAUCUUCCUUUUUAUAUUAUUAUUUUUUAAAUAUUAAUAUCAUACAGUUGAUGCCUAAGCCUAUAGGCCUAUGCAUGCAAUGCCCUGAUGCCUUUAGUGCUCACAUCUCUGACAGUUGAAUCGUGAGGUGGACAAUUAUUGUUUUAGGAAAGUAAAACCAAUAAAACAACAGGCUAUAACGUUUUGCAUAUGCUACACAUCGAAACAAGGAAUAGUGUUUUUGUCAUAGGCUGUUCUUAAGGACACGUAAAUGUGGCUCAUUUGGCCAAUACCCCUCAUUUAUUGAUUGAGUUGGUGGACGCCCUAAUGGGUUAAGCACCCAAUGCAAAUGUUUUCAAAUGUCCUGUAAAUUAAAAUAUUUCUGGUCACGUUGUCCAGCGACAAAUUUACCUAACUGAAACCCUGAUGUGUGUCACAUUUCUGCCAUUUGGGAUAUGUAGCAUAAGAAGUAUUUAAACAGUGGUUCUACUUAUGUCAACUACCCUCAUAUGUAAGUGUCAGCUAUAUACAGUGCCUAGUGAAAGUCUUCACACCCCUGCAGUCUUGUACAUUAUGCAACCUUACAUUUUUGGCCUAGUGUUAUCCAUGAGCAGCUUAUAUUCUCUUCCACAGCUCAGUUAGGAAAUACAGUCAGAUCUUUGCAGUGUCUGGAUGAUAUAACACACCAUACACAGCUUAAUUGCCAUACUCAAAGGGAUAUUCAAUGUGUUGCAAUUAUGUCAUAACCUUCCCCUGAUCUGUUCCUGUCUACAAAUGCCUCCUUUACAUGUUUAAAAGCUCCUGGUUGGAUCUUUGUUUGAAAUUGACUAUACAACUGAGGGACCAUACAGAAAAAGGGAAGUUAUUCUUGAACCACUACUUUUGCACACAUAUAGACCCCAUUCAACUAACUUUAUAUAAAUAUUCAGUAUGGUUUUUUGAUGCAAAUAGGCUAUUUGCUCCUGAACUUAUUUAGAUGUACCACAGCAAGGGGUGUGAAGACCUACGCAAUCAAGACAAUUCAUUUUAUAAAUGUUCAUAAUUUUUCUUUGUGGAUAUUUUUUCCCACUGCUAUUUAACUAUUGCUAUUUAAAUUGCAAUUUAACUGCUGUACUAUUUAGAAUACAGUAACAUAAAUAAAUCAGGCUGUAAGAAUGAUGACAAGAACAAAAAAAACAAGUAAAUAUAAGGACAACAUUAUUAGGCAGCAAGUAAUCUCGGAAUACACAACCAAAUCUGGCAUGUUCUGGGUGCUGUGGUUUUCAAAUCUGAACUGACGGACUCAAUCAGUCAACACACUCUCAAAGCCUCAGCCACACUCCUUCCAAAAAGUCCACCUGUGUUUACAAUCUGGGCUGCACACAAUGCACUAAAUGACAACAUGAAAGUGUUCAGUCCAAAGAAUUUCACGCUUGCAACACAAAACAAUGUGCAAUGCCACUCAAGUAUUCCACUGUGUUGGCACUCUGGUAGUUCAUCACUCUGCGCUUUAGCUUCUCCUGCAGCUUCCGGUCCUGCAGGCUUCCGCUGCCUCUGCAUCUCUUGGUUGGUGGUGGUUUCUUGUCUCCUGCCAGCUCUUCCAGUUGAAGUUGUUCACUCUGUCUGUUGCUUGCACAAUGCUACCAUGAACAUCCAAAUGAGGGUUUCUGUGGAUUUAAGAACCCCUUCAAAUGUAUGAUGACAUCUCUUCACGACUCUGUUUAUCAUGGCAUUGUUCGACUGGACAGCAUUGCAGCAAUUCCACUCUUCUGAAAACAUAAUAUAGAAAUAUGUUAGACAAUCUCAUUAUUUUAUCAAUCUCAUAAUCGUAAUUUCCAUUUGUAUUUCUGUUAUAAUAACUGUCAGACAUACCUAUGGCACAUUUUGCUGGUCUUCGAUUAGUUCUUGUGAGGCGGCCGAUCAGUGUGUCCUCAAAGUAGUUAGGACAGGAGUCAGGCUCUGGUCCUUGAAGAAGACGGUGUCCUGAAGUUUCUCGUAGCAUUGCGCCAUGUCAGCUGGAGGGACGAACACCAGAGCGGGGAGCAUCUUCAGGUUGUGAGCGAACUCUGGGUCAGUGCUGUAUUGUGAUGUCACCUCAGUGCACCACUAAAUGUUCCUCCAGAAGGCCUGGUUCAGGUGGAAGAAGCUUACUCGGUGGUGGCUCUCAGGGAAACACCGCGCUAAAGGCCUUCGCCGCUGCUGGCUCCAGAUCUGUCAUGAUUGUCUCAAAUUUCAUCUCGGGCCUCAAAUUUCUCAGCACCUGGAACCAACGUUCAUAUGUUGCCUAA